CUCCGUCUUGAGCCUCGGAAGUUUGAAUCACAACCCCCACCUCCGCCCCCCAGGUGCCUGGCUUGUCGUUGGUUUGUUUCCGGAUACAGGGCCUCGGGAAGGUGGAGCCUAAGGCUGGGAGCCAAUAGUACAGGCUGUCAAUUGGCCAGCAAAUGAAAUUGACGUUUUCAUCAACUAGUGGGAAAAAGCAGUUGCCAAAGGGUCCCGCCUACAGAAGGGGAAGAAGGGAAGUGGCCGCCAAGGCAGUCGCGGCUGGACAGUGCUCAGGCCCGAGGACCAGUGGUGCCCAGACUUACCUUUGACCUUUCCCUGCCCGCCUUCCGCCUAGCUUUUGAACCACACCUCCUCCAAGUUUUUCUGAUCCAGCGCAUUAGACCUGCACCCAAAUCAUGUUCCCGGUAAAGGUGAAAGUGGAGAAAUCAGAGAUGGAGAUGGCCAAAGCCCGGAACCAGCUGGAUGCCGUUCUUCAGUGUCUGCUGGAGAAGAGUCACAUGGACAGGUUGGAACCUGGUCCAGCCUGGGGAACCACAGGGGAACGCCUGGAUGAAGAAGCUGGGAAAACCCCCUUGGAUACGCACAACAAGGAUUGUUCCAUUGCUGCCACAGGCAAAAGGCCAUCUGCCCGCUUCCCCCACCAGCGGAGGAAGAAGAGGAGGGAGAUGGACGAUGGGCUCGCUGAGGGGGGUCCUCAGAGAUCCAAUACGUAUGUGAUCAAGCUAUUUGACCGGAGUGUGGACUUGGCCCAGUUCAGUGAGAACACACCACUGUACCCCAUCUGCCGCGCCUGGAUGCGCAACAGCCCCACAGUGCGAGAGCGCGAGCGCUCACCCGGCUCACCGCUGCCUCCUCUGCCCGAGGAUGGAGAGGGUUCAGAGGUCAUCAACAGCAAAAACCGUGAUGUGUACAAGCUGCCUCCACCCACAGCUCCUGGACCACUUGGAGAUGCCUGUAGAUCCAGAAUUCCAUCCCCACUGCAGCCUGAGACCGAGGGUACCCCCGAUGAUGAACCUUCCGAGCCUGAACCUUCUCCUUCCACACUUAUCUAUCGCAACAUGCAACGUUGGAAACGCAUACGCCAGAGGUGGAAGGAGGCAUCUCAUCGGAACCAGCUUCGCUACUCAGAAAGUAUGAAGAUCCUACGGGAGAUGUAUGACCGGCAGUGACCUUCCCAGGAACCCCACCCCAAUAAAUGUGCCCCCCAACCCACACUGGCCAGGCCAUCGUUCCUGGCCCAGACAUAAGGCA